AGGACAACCAUAAAAUUCAGCGAGGAAAACCAUAACGUUAAGAGCGGACAACCAUAACGUUAAGAGAGGACAACCAUAGCGUUAAUCGGGGACAACUAAGGCGUUAAGAGAGGAUAACCAUAAAGUUCAGCGAGGAUAACCAUAACGUUAAGAGCGGACAACCAUAACGUUAAGAGCAGGCAACCAUAACGUUAAAAUGGGACAACCAUGAUGUUUUUUUUUAAGACAACCUUAACGUUAAGAGAGAUGAUGUCAACCACGGUAACCUGAGUAUGGAUUGUGCUCGAGGAACGAUCGACAUUAACAAAAACGGGAAACAUAGGCUUAACUCGUCAUAUGUUGUUGAUUAAUCCCUACAAAAACUCACAUAAUAUAAGGGACUGUUGCUUUAAAUUUUAAACAUAUUGUAAGAAAUCGCCAUUUUACAAAAUGGCUUCUACAGCGAAAUCUAAGAUGGUUGAUGAAAUGGACGGAUCAAAAACUCUUUUAAUCCCAAAGAAGGAACAUUCUGCCUACGUGUAUAUCUUAACGUUUUUCGCAGUUUUAGGUGGAUUUUUAUUCGGAUAUGAUACUGGAAUUAUAUCAGGUUCAAUGUUGUUAAUACGACCUUAUUUUGACUUGGAUACGUUUUGGACCCAGUUGAUUGUGAGUGCUACAGUUGGAUCAGCGGCUGUAUCAGCUUUAAUAGCUGGAUUUAUGUCAGAUUGUCUGGGUAGAAAGGUUGUUAUUAUUCUUGGUAGUUUUGUAUUCGCUGUUGGAGCUGUUGUAAUGGGUGUGGCUGAUUCACAAGUUAUUCUGUUGGUAGGGAGAAUUAUAGUUGGUAUUGGUGUUGGUUUUGCAUCUAUGACAGUACCUGUGUAUGUAGCCGAGGCAGCGCCACCUGAUAUUAGAGGAAGAUUAGUUACCUUAAAUCAACAGUUUAUUACAAUAGGUCUUCUGGCAGCCAGUUUAGUAGCCGGGGGAUUUAGUAGUUGGGAGGACACUGGAUGGAGGUAUAUGUUGGGAUUAGGUGGGGUUCCGGCCAUCUUCCAAUUUUUGGGGAUGUUAUAUCUACCAGAGAGUCCUAGAUGGUUGAUCGACCAGGAGCUCGAAGCUACAGCACGUGCUAGUCUCGUACAGAUCAGAGGUACAGAAGACGUGGAUAAGGAAUUAGAGGAUAUUAAAGAGAGUGUUGCUAAUGCCAAGAAAGCUUCUUUAGAUGAUAACAGAUUAGUAAUAUUCAGAAUCUGGACAACACCACAUGUUAGACGAGCCCAGAUUGUUGGUGCAUUUCUUCAGGUCUUUCAACAAGCGUGCGGUAUUAAUACAAUCAUAUAUUACAGUGCUUCUAUAUUAAAGAUGGGCGGUUUCUCAGUUCAACAGUCUAUAUGGUUGGUGGCUAUACCAUAUAGUAUCAACUUUCUAGCUACAUUUAUAGGAUUAGGUCUUGUUGAUAGGGUGGGCAGAAGAAUCUUACUCUUAGCUAGUUUUAUAGGUGUAUUUAUAUCAUUAGGUAUCAUGGCAACCGGCUUUCAACUAGCAGCUAUAAAUUCUCCACCGAUACAUCUAUAUGAGAAUAACACAGAUAUAGAUACAAGUUGUAAUACCACAGAUUAUAGAUCGUGUAACGACUGUACAACCAACCUAGACUGUGGCUAUUGUUACUCUUCAACAAUGGACGGUUCUUGUCUUCCGGUUGAUUCUAUGCUAGGACGAUGUAAUAAUUCGGAUACAUCGGGAUCUAAAUAUAUCUUUACGUAUGAUUUCUGUCCCAAUGAUUAUGGUUGGAUGUUGGUUGCUGGCAUGGGAUUGUUUGUGACGUCAUUCGCACCAGGAUUAGGACCAAUGCCAAUGACUUUUAAUUCUGAGAUUUAUCCCCUAUGGGCGAGAAGUACUGGGUUUUCUGUCGCCACAGCUGUUAAUUGGUCCUUUAACCUGUUGGUGUCCUUCACAUUCCUUUCAUUGAUGCAGCUUAUUACCAAAUAUGGAACAUUUUGGUUAUAUGGUGGAUUCUGUGUCACAGGAUUCAUAUUUACUCUAAUAUUCGUUCCGGAAACAAAAAAUAAAACUUUAGAAGAAAUGGAAGAUUUAUUUAAAACUGACGAAGAAAGGAAACUAGAAAAAUCAAAAUCAGCGGAAAAUAAAAUAAACGAUAAAAAGGAAACGGGGAACGAAACUGGGUUUUGAUUUCUGUUUAUUCCGUAGGAAAUUGGUUGUUUAUUUAAAUUUUUAAAUUGGGUUUAUUUCAUUUACUUGCUAGCCUGGAGGUCACGUGUUCGAUCCCUGCAUUGGCGGAGAAAGUUUAUCGCGAUUAUCCGGCAUGGUUUCCCCUUGUUUGUGGUGCAGGAAGGAGGGUCUGACAAGGACAGCUGUCUAGUCGUUCGUAUGGGACGAAAAACCGAGGUGCCGUGUAUAC